CGAAGACCAAUUUUCCCUCCUGUUCCAACCCCGCCAUCCAUAUUGCCGCCGAAUAACUACCCCGCCAGAGCCAAUAUUCCCAACGGCUGUAUACCAUCAUUGAGCGUCAUCUGCUCAAUAGUGUCAUAACGAAGCACAGCUCAACAUAGAUCAGCGAGAGCUUCACCACGCGCCGUUUGGCCACCGUUACCAUGGCUGGUAAUGGAUCUCACUCUGGGCGUCUCAGGUCAUUGGAACCCCAGGAUGGAGUGUCUGUGGGCAUUAGCUGGCCACCCCCCAAAACAUACUGCGCAUUGGAUGACCCGGAACUUUGGAAACACUUCCCUGCUUUUGACAUAUUCGACACUAGCAGCAACACAGGCGCUGUUUCAAGCUACCCUAGUAGUCUAGACAUGUCGGGGCUCCCCGAUCUUGCAUGUCAAGAUGAAGAGGUUCAAACACAACCAAACCCGAUGGUGCAACAAGUUGUGCAACAAGUUGUGGGUGCUUUCGAUACAGCCAUCAUUGGAGCUUUGCCUACUGGAACUUCACACAAUCACACGGGCCCCGAUAAGCAACUCGAUAUAGCCGCGACUUGCAAUCGCCUGCCUGCAGUGAAAAAAGAGGGUAUGCAAUCCGACCACUCGUCGUCUACCGGUCCUUUGACAACUCCAUCCGCAUCAUCGGUAAAAUCUGGUAGCUUGGCGAGGAGUUCAUUUGUCAACAACCGGCGGUCUAAUCCUACGAAUCAACACCACUAUCCGCUUGCGAUUCCUCGUGCCGACACAGACGCAAACUCAAGCCGGAGUGAGAUCAGUUUCGCCCGAAGAAAUGACUACGUCCACGCUACGAAGAGCGCUUGUCACUCCCCCUUUCUUUUAUCUUCUUCUGGUCUUACGCCGCCGUCGAAUGGAACGCAACGAACCAUGACCAGCUCAUAUGGCCGAGUGACCCCAGUUAUCGAAAUAACUGCUGCCGAAGAUGACCUUCGACCCGCAAGUACAGACCCUGUUGAAAGCGACUUACAAUCCCACCGCAGACGUUCCCCAGCAUCCAACCUAGGAAAGCGCGAUGAUUUUCUGUGCACUGCUAGUGUAGGAACCUGGAUCCAACCAAAACCAUCACAAUCGGUGGUUUCGAGUUCUGCUUCAGGCUUGGAGCCCUCCCCAAGAAGUCCAACUGCGCCCCCCCUAAAAGGGAAGCGCAAGCGAAAUACAGAAGCCAAACGUGAGAAGAUCAAAUGUGUUAGACAGGCUGGUGCUUGUGUGAGAUGCAGAAUGAACAAAGAACCAUGCGACGAAAACACUCCUUGUGGCCGAUGCACAGCCGUUGCAAACAGGACGAAGCUCUUUAAACAGCCCUGUUUUAGGGCGUCUUUAAACGACGUGAUUGCCUUCAGGGCAGGCAACGCGCGGGCUGGCGAGGCUUGGUCUAAGCCUAUCAGGCCAAACUGGUCCGCAGAGGAUCUUGUUCUCAAGACCGCGACUCUCUACUACCCGUUCAUAAAACCAGGUGCCAGUACAGGGGUUUACCUGUCGAUCCAGUGUCGCAAAUUUCUGCCAGGCCACGAAGACGUGUUGACUGAGCCUUGGGCUCUUCCUAAUGGAGAGGUGGUGACUAUAAAUUCACCCCCAUAUGCCUGCUAUGAUUCGGAUUUGGGCUCUGAUGCUCUCGAGGAAUAUCUUGAGAAAUGCAAGCCCGCUCUCUUAGAAGAGGCCAUGGACAGUCUUAACGAUGAUAUUGUCAAGUCUGGGAUGAUCGAAGCUGAAAGAUACGCCAGCCAGCACCAGGAAUCAGCUGUGUCUCUAGCAAUGAAUAUCAGGGCCGCCACCUACUUCUCCAAGACGCGAAUGUCGAUGGGCGGCCAUAAUACCCUAGGGCUGCCCUACUUUCAAGACCUUCAAGUGCAUAAGAGGGUUCCAAUCCCAGCAGUUCUAGAUUAUCAGCUUGAUUACUUGGCUAUUCAGUGCAUGACGAAACAAAUGCAUAUGAUCACUAAAAGAUUGAAACAGAUAUUAUUUAUUAAGAAUAAUUUCACGCAUUGGUACGAGAUAUAUCUUACGACUUUCGUGCUAUUAUGUAGCCUCGAAACCGUCCACGCCAAGCAGAUUGAGAUACUCGAUCGCUUUGCAGCAAAUGGAAACAGGUCUCCAAGUGUCGAAUCUACAAGUUCGAAAAUGAUCAAGGUGUGGGAAUCUUCUGCCAAAGUUCUCAUUUAUCAUUACCGAGUGGUCUUGAAAGGCAUGGUUCCAUUUUCAGCCCCCUGGGAUGAUGAGCAGACUCAGAGGAUGCGCAAGUGCAGCCUUGAUGACAAAGCACUGGACCACAUCCGCGAAUUGCAAUUGCUUAUCAAGGACCGCGAUGCCGAAUUGCAGAAGGUUAGUCGAGAGGAUCUCACCAACUCUCGGGCCAAGCCGCUCGUAUGGAUCUCGCAAUUGUAUGUGGAUGGCGAAUCCUGAAUAUUCCCCGUGAGGGCAUCACAAGUAAGAGCAGAGGAGGGACCCAAACCCACUGCAUUCCGUAUGGAACGCGCCAGCCCGCGUUGCCCGGGAGGUUCAGGGAGCCACGGAGAUGUUAUAUCGGUUCUCCCCUCUUGUCUGGCAGUGUUGUGGGGAAUACUAUAUGAGCAGGUUGGCCGAGCUUUUACGUUGGAUGUGAGAAUAAAUGGGGUGGGGGGAUGUGACGUUUGCCUGAUUCACUUGGGGACCAUGAGUGGUUGAACACUUUCAUAGGAAGGACCCCGGAUCCUAGGGGAGUUACUCAUUGACAUGUAUCUUUCACAGAUGCAUUUAUGAAUCAUUUUUCGGGAAGCAAAUAAAAGCAGUUAUGUUCAAUCUCAACUAAAAUCGGACAGAGUUACAGUAAAGAAAAGAAAGAAAGAAAGAAACGGCUCACAAUUCUUAAGGAAAUGUUAUACAUCAACA